CAGUUUCGAUAACAUCAUAGUCAUCACAUCUUAUCGGGCAUAGUGUACCCGUCCAAGUCCAAGUCCACGCCGCACACGACCAACAACAUUGACGGUGCGGUGGAUACCUACUAAUCAUGAUAGUUGCGAGUAGACUGUUGACUAUUGCGCGUCGUCGUCAUCGCGUGUGACCGCGUGAGAAUGUCCUCGACAAGGUUAUCGAGUGCCUGGGAGGACAACAAGUCCCGCUCGGAGACGGUACUGUACCCGGACAGGUACUCCAGUGUCUCACCGAAAAAUCGUUUUUCGGCAUACUCCGGUGGGAUAUCCCGAAAUGGGAGCCGCGACGAGAGUAAGCUCCAUAAAAGUUUGGAGGAAAUUACCAAGGACAUUAAAGAGCUAGAAGACUUCAUAUCCGUCACGGAGGAAAUUUUGAAACGCGAGCGGGAAUUCGACGAACAACUCUACAGAAGAGAACGCCAGCGGAAGGCUUUCGAGAAGAAAAUGCAACAAAUCAAGAACAAAUGCAGCCCGACGAAAAUUUGCUAUGGAAAAUCCGAUAGUGCCAAAGUGAAGUCACCGACCUUCAAAGUGAACAUCACACAGAAAAGACGCAUAAAGUCUUUCAGUCCGAAAAGCUACAAGUCCAAAUUGUAUUUUCGAAAUGGGAAAAUCGGCUGUUUGGAAGCGGAAGAGGCAGUAUCCAAUCUGAAAAGCACGCACGAAAUCGUCAAACGAAUAAUCAAUGAUGAGAACAAUAUGCUGGUAAAGCUAGAACACCAACAUUUCACGAUGGGUCCCAAGGAGGAGUCACCUACCUCGGUUGGGACUCCACUGGAGAGCCUGCAGAUGUGCGUGACUGAGUCGGCCACGUCCCUGUGUGAUGAACCGUUCAAAGAGACGAUAAGUGAUGACCCGGGAGAUAAUGCAUCCGAACAAAAAAUUGAUCGCAGUGAGAGUAGUGAGAGGAUAAUCGAAGAUAUGGAAGUCACGAGUCCUCCACCGGAAACCAAUGAUUUCGUAACUGGAAGGCUGAGGCAUCUCGCCAACCGAUUCUCCGAACGAACGAAGCGCAUGAGAAGUAAACUGGAAAUUCCACCCACACCUUCCAGCAGUGCCAGCGCCCCAUCGACUGCACCUUCCACUCAGAAGCAUAAUGCAGAAUUACGAGCCAUACAAAAUUCGGCUCUCACCUUACAAUCUGCAACCGGUGCACGAACGUGCGAUCAUCAGUAUUUCUGUCCCAUCUUUUGCUCCGGAGCAACGAAUGCCGUUCUCGAUCCGCAGGGCAAAUUUUACAUUUCGUGGCUGUUCAUCGUGUCAUUGUCUUUCCUGUACAAUGCGUGGGUGAUUCCCCUGCGAUCCUCGUUCCCGUACCAGACACCAGAAAACACCAAAUACUGGAUAGCCGUGGACAUUUGCGCUGAUGUUAUCUACCUAAUUGACAUUCUGUUUGUGAAGCACAGAAUCAUGUACUUGUUCGAAGGCUUCUGGGUCAAGGACACGGACCUGACUCGAAAGAACUACAUGAGGAAGCUGCAGUUUAAGAUGGAUCUAUUAGCAUUGAUGCCGCUGGAUCUGCUUUAUCUUAAAUUCGGCACCGAGCACGUGGUGUUUCGCGCUCCUCGUCUUCUGAAGAUUCAAAGCUUCUGGGAGUUUUUCAAAUUGAUCGAUCGGGUAAUAUCAUCACCGCAUAUGAUACGAGUCGUCAAGACGCUCACCUAUAUGCUGUAUAUGAUUCACCUGACCGCUUGCUCGUACUAUGCAUACAGUGCCUAUCAAGGUCUCGGUUCCAACCGUUGGGUGUUCAACAACAAGGGCCAUGCGUACGUCCGGUGUUUUGCUUUUGCCACCAAAACGGCAACCUCAAUCGGAAAGAACCCCAAGCCAGAAAAGGAAGGCGAACUGCUCUUCAUGACGGCAGCCUGGUUGAUGGGAGUGUUCGUGUUUGCCUUGCUGAUCGGUCAAAUUAGGGACAUCAUCGCCACUGCAACGCGGUCUAAGUCCGAGUACAAACAACUGGUGGACGAAACGUUGGAGUACAUGCGGCAGUUGAACCUUCCGACGGAUCUGCAGCGUAGGGUCAAAAUGUGGUUCACGUUCACCUGGGAGCAGCAACGCAGUCUGGACGAAACGCACAUCAUGGACGCCUUGCCGGCAAACUUGAAGACCGAUAUUGCGAUUUCGGUGCAUAUUCAAACCUUGUCCAAGGUGCAGCUGUUUGCUGAUUGCGAGGAGGCCCUGCUUCGGGAGUUGGUACUGAAGCUAAGGUCGGUUACAUUCCUUCCUGGGGACUACGUUUGCCGUAAGGGGGAGGUGGGAAAAGAGAUGUAUAUUGUGAAGACUGGUCAGGUGCAGGUCAUGGGAGGUCCUAGAAAUGAUGUCGUGCUGGCAACGUUGUAUGAGGGAUCGGUCUUUGGCGAGAUAAGUUUGUUGGCGAUCAACGGAGCAGAAGGGAAUCGCAGAACGGCUGACGUGCGAUCCAAGGGCUUCUCAAAUUUGUUUGUUUUGUCGAAGUCCGAUUUGAACGAGGCGAUUGUAUACUAUCCGAAUGCGCAAGCUAUCCUAAAGAAACGUGCCAAGAGUUUGAUGCGCAAGAACGCAGCACGUGAGAAAGCUGAAUCCCAGCAGAGUAUUGAUGCAAAUGAUGGUGAUACCGAUGUAGUGAUUAGCAAUCCUGAUCAUAACAAGUCUCCUAAACUGUUGAAAACAGUGAUUCAAGCGUUACCAAGGGAGUCGGCUGCUGUGCAGCUGUUGACUCAAGGAUUCAAGGGUGACCAUGGGACGGUGGAUGCCGAUGAGCCUUCCAAAGCGAAUGAUGAUACUGCUUCUAUGCGUAGCGUAGAAAUGCACACCACACAAGUGCAGAUUGAGAACGAAAAGAACGUGGAGCUACCCUGUGAUCUGGUUUACAGCAUUAAAAAAGAAUUGAUGGAUAAUAACAGUUACAUCAAUCUGACCGAUGCGGAAAAGUAUAAGCUGUUGAAUGAACUAUCCAAAGAUGAAUAUGAACAUCAGAAGUCUCCAGUCUAAGCCAGCUUGUAUCUAUUUUUAUCGCUACUAUCUCAAUCUUAUUGACUGUUAAUCGGUGUGAGUCGAUUCUACUAAUUGUCGUUUGAGAUUCUAAUUCUUCUCAGAUUAUCUCAGCAACGCGUGUCAGCGUUCGUGUUGUAUUCUAUCAACUGUAUGUUAGACUAUGUGAUGUGAUAAAUGUAUACUGGAACAGUGCAUUAGCAUCCAAAUAGAGUGGCCUCAUAAAAACGGACUACGAGUCAUUGAUUAUAUACUUAAUUGAUGCAAAGAUGAUUAUUAAAUGGCUAAUAAAUUAUUCUAAUGCUAGGUGUAA